AUGGGGCAAAACGGGUGUUGGAAUAUACAAAAAGAAUACAAAUACUCAUUUAAUGAACAUGAGGCAAGGAAUUGGACAUUAACUGAAGGCUACACCAAUGAUGAUGUAAACGCCUACCCACAUCGUGGCCAGGAAAGUGGUGAAACUCCCUACUUAAGCCUGCAACUGGUUGAUUGGGAAUCCAAAAAAGAUAAAAACUGUAAUGUAAUAUUUACUGGUUAUAAGAUUUAUUUGCAUCACCCAGCCGAUUGGCCUCAGGCGCGGUCCUACUACUUUGCAGCUCUACCAGAGCAAGUAUCAUCCAUGGCUGUUGAAUUCUCUGCAGUUUCUACCAGCGAAGAUUUGAAAGCAGUUGCAUUAAACGUGCGACAAUGCUACUUUCCAGAAGAGAGGCCGCUGAAAUAUUUUAAAAUAUAUUCCUACAACCAUUGCAGGCAAGAAUGUUUGACAAACUUCACCUACGCACGGUGUGGUUGCGUCAUGACUUAUAUGCCAUUUCAGACUAACGAGAAACUCUGUUCAUCAUGGAAACAAAUAUCCUGUUCUAUGAGAGUUAAUGAUAUUUUUUCAAUGGGAGGCAGUAUAAACCUGCGAAACUGCAGAUGUCUACCAUCAUGCAACUACAUACAAUAUGACGCUGACAUACAUAAAACAGACUAUAAGUUGGAUGAUUUUCAGUCUAUACGGAUAGACAAAAGAAAGAGGUUGCUUAUGUCGUUGCUUGGCUUGAGAGAUAUCAAACGGUACGUAGGUAUAACUUUGAAUUUUGUUAAGGCAAGCAAAGUAAGGUAA